AUGGCACCGGUUACGAGGAACACUUCACUUAAGGCGCUCGUAACGAAGUUUAAGGCUCUACGAGGAAUGUUUGAUGAUAUUUAUCGUUUCGUCGACAUGAUGGGUGAUGACACUACAGCGACUGAAGCGACCGUACGCUUGGAGAAAUUGGACGAGUUGUGGGAACAAAUCAACGAAGCCUCAAUGGACAUCGAGAUGCACGACGACUACGAGGAGGACGACGAUACCUAUUCCAGAGAACGAUCUGAAUUCGGCGAUCGGUACUAUAGGGCGAAGGCGUUGCUUCUCGAAAAGGUCAAGGAGCCAGAGGAAAAAUUGAACCUAUCCAUUACUAACCAACAACCAACCCAUGAGCACGUUCGACUCCCACAAAUCAAGCUGCAAACCUUUGAUGGCAGCAUUGAUGAGUGGUUGAGUUUUAGGGAUCUGUAUAUGUCGUUAAUCCAUUGCAAAACAGAUUUACCCGAGGUAGAAAAAUUCCACUAUCUGAAGGGGUGCUUAGUAGGAGAGGCUAGGUCAUUGAUAGAUUCCCUUGCCAUUACAAAGGCGAACUAUCAGAUAGCGUGGGAUGCGGUGAUGAAGCGAUAUAACGACAGCAAGAUGCUGAAGCGUAGACAGGUGCAGGCUCUUUUCAAUCUACCUAGUGUUUCAAGGGAAUCGGUGGGAGAAUUGCAGUCAUUGUUAGAAUCUUUCGAUCGUAUCCUCCAAACGCUGGAUCAGUUGAUUCAGCCAGCCGAUUACAAAGAUUUGCUAUUGCUAGUCUUAUUAUGCUCGCGUUUGGAUUCAACUACUCGCAGAAGUUGGGAAGAACAUUCUACAGCAAGGGAGCAGGACACGGUGAAGGAUUUGACGGACUUCCUACACAAGAGAAUCAGGGUGCUUUGCUCACUACCAACCAAAUCCAUCGGAGCCAAAUUGGAUUAUGCUUCCUCAUCCAAAAGAAAGCUGCCUUCGACAAAGAUGAGCCAUAGUGCAACGUCAAAUGGACAAUGUGUAGCUUGUCCAGGGAAUCACUUAUUGUAUCAAUGUCCAAAAUUCAAUUCAAUGUCAGUGUCAUCACGUGAUAAGCUGCUUCGUUCACUGUCUUUAUGUCGUAAUUGCUUCCGACGUGGACAUCAAGCAGCUGACUGUAAUUCGCGAUACGUGUGCAGGAAUUGCAAGGCGAAACAUCAUACCUUAGCGUGUUUUCGACCAGAGGGAGUACAACCAACCAAGCGUGCACCGGAGAUAAGGGUUUCCUCACCUGGUAAUAGCAAAGGACAGCUUACGAUUCCGGUAGAUUGCCCAGCAAGCACAUCGACUACCACCCCUGUCUCGUCAAAUAUGGCAUCCAAAAGUACAUCCUCGGUGUUACUGGCAACAGCGGUAGUUCUUGUUGAAGACGAUCAUGGGCUUGCGUACCCUGCAAGGGCUCUACUUGAUUCUGGAUCAGAGUGUAAUUUCAUGUCGGAAAGUUUUUCACAAUUCUUGAGGAUCAAACGAAAUCGGGCAGAGGUGGCCGUAUCAGGUGUCGGGCAGGUCAAUACGAGAGUAAGGCAUACAGUGAAUGCGAUGGUCAGAUCCAGAGUGGGUGGCUAUAAAUGUGUAUUGGAGUUCUUAUUGCUUCCUAAAAUCACUGGAAAUUUACCAUCUAUCAGUAUCGACACAACAAAAUGGAAAAUACCACAGGGUGUAAAAUUAGCCGAUCCAGCGUUCGAUACCUCAAAUUCCGUUGACUUGAUCCUGGGUAUCCAGCACUUUUUCACAUUCUUCAAACCAGGGAGAGAAAUCCAUCUAGGGGAUGGUCUUCCCAAAUUAUCGGAAUCGGUGUUUGGAUGGGUAGUGGCUGGGACCGUGACCGCAUCUAGCCUUUCAUCGUACCAUUGCAACGUUGCGUCUACGGUGAAUUUGGAGGAAUUGUUGGCAAGGUUUUGGUCUUGUGAGGAAGUCGACACUGCAAAUAAUUAUUCUCCGGAGGAAGCUCGCUGUGAAGAACAGUUUAUUCGUUCUGUUAGAAGAGGUUCGGACGGAAGAUAUAAGGUCUCUCUUCCGAAGAACGAAGAUGUCAUUGAGAAAAUGGGUGAGUCAAGAGACAUUGCACUACGACGAUUCCAAGGAUUGGAACGCAGACUUCUGAAGGAUCCAGAACUGCGUUACCAAUAUAUUCAAUUUAUGGGAGACUACCUGCGCCUCGGGCACAUGCGCAAGGUACGCGUAACUCAAGAGGAUUCGGUCAAACGAUGUUACCUCCCCUACCAUCCAGUUUUGAAAGACAGUAGUACGACAACAAAACUAAGAGUGGUGUUUGAUGCUUCAUGUAAGAUAUCUAGCGGAAUUUCCCUGAACGACUCAUUAUUGGCAGGGCCGGUAAUUCAAGAAGAUCUUCGUUCAAUCAUCCUACGUUGUCGCACAAGACAGAUAAUGAUUGUAGCGGACGUUGAGAAGAUGUUUCGUCAAAUUAAGAUGGACGAAGAUGAUAUUCCCCUACAGAGCAUCCUAUGGCGAACCAACACUGCAGAAGAGAUUGAAACGUUCGAGUUGUCCACGGUAACAUACGGAACAAAACCGGCACCAUUUUGGCAACAAGGACACUUAAGUUAUUAG